AUGGUAGAAAAUCGGAGAGCUUAUUCUUGCUCAGUUUGUCCCGCUGCGUUUGUGCGUGGCGCUCACCUUCGCCGCCAUGAACGAACUCAGAACAAUAGGGAUUCAGCCCGUCGACAUUCCAAGACGUGUGCGAGGAAGAAUGGACAGCAAAUUCCAUCUCCGCUAAAAAGAGGCCGGAAGUUCCAAGCCUGCGAUCCUUGUGCCCUUUUGAGGGGUGCAUGCGACCGUGGCCAACCGUGUUCCGGCUGUUUGCAUCGGGAACGUACUUGCACGUAUUCCCGAGUUCCCGGCGAACAGUCCCAGUCGACACCUCAGCAACCAAGCCGGGAUGGAAUAUCUCGCAAAGCUUCCGCUUCUAUUUCAAGUUUUGACUCAAACAGUACAUUCUUGGACACGAAUUCCAGCUGCAGCGUGCGAUUGACAGAGCCCAAGAUUACAAAGAUGUCUUUCCUCCUCCGCUACACUAAUCCACGCAACAACACCCUUCAAGAAUACUUCAAUUCGUCUGCUGCGAGUAGAGAAGGCCUCAACGAAUCGACUGGUAGCAAUCAAGAUCUUGACAGCUUAGAACCAGGCCUUCCCGAUUCCGACGUCUACGGCAUCCUUGAUACCUGGUUUUGGGCUCACUUGGAAGACAGUGGCUCAUUUGAGUUUGCCGAGAAUGAAUCACUCAGUUCUUUCUUGACUUUCAACACUCAAUCCAGAACCGCCCGGGAAGGCACCGUCCAAGAAGGAACAUCCCGCCAAUCACAUUACAAGGACUGUCAAGUGGAAUUGCGGAUGACCGAGAUUAUAUCGGCGCUGAGAUCAAACUCCAGCGAUGAAAGCUCGGCCGAUCAUGAAGCGACAGUCUCAAAAUCAGCCGAGCUUAUAUUCGCAGUGGAAAAAGUUGACGAAUUCAUCCAAUCGUACUUUGAGAAUUGGCAUCGACAUUGUCCUAUGCUACACCGGCCGUCAUUCAAUCUUUUGACCGCUUUCACUCCGCUUAUAACCGCCGUCAUUCUCGUCGGGGCGAUAUAUUCCUCGACUGAAAGCGCAGAGGCAGCGCGGGUUUGUCUCAACGCUGCAGAAAACUAUAUAUUUCGACACGAGGCCUUUCGACGGCUCCUCGAUCCACCUUCGCGUACGACAUCUAUCCUCGGCAUUGAGCCACUCCAAGCGGGGUUUAUCAUUUCCAUACCUCAACACUGGGACCAUCACCGAGACUCACGACACAGAGUACGACUUCAUCGAUACGUGGAUAUCAUCUCAGCUAGCCGCCACCUUGGCCUCCCAAAGCUGAGACACGACAAUACCAACUUGGAUCGCGGUUUUCCGUCAGAUGACUCAGAUCAUAGGGCAUUUAUUAAAGAUGAAGAGGGUAUAAGGUUGAUGACCUGGAUCUUUCUCGUAGACUCAUCACACACCAUUUUCCACCGAACGCCUCCACGAUUGACCUUGAGCGAGAUGACGGGUAGCCUUCCGUGCGACGAAGGAUUGUUUUCAACGCUGAACUUUGAGCCUCAACAAGAAGAACUUUGGGUUCAAUCUGUCUCCAAAAUUCCCUCUAUGGAGCAAGGAGUACGUUUGUUAAUGGGGGAUGACUGGGGCGACAACUCCGCUUCUAAAUUCGGCCAGCUCAACCAUCUAGACCUUUUUAUUCUGAUAUCCGCUCUCCAUGAAAUCAUCUUCAAUGCCAGCGUAGCUUGCACCCUUUCAAUUAACAAAACACCCUUGGAACGAGCUUUAUCACGUUGGAGCCUCCUCUGGGAUCUACGCAUAGAGCAAACCGCGUCUUCACCCACUAGUUCCAUCGGCUUCUUUCAGCAUGCGGACGAAUAUUGGUCGUUAGCCAAGCUGAUGCUUGAAGAACAAAUGCCGUUGGCCAAGGAGAGUGAAGGGGAAUUGGAUCAAGAUUCUAUGGCUGAGGUGAACAGCUUCAUCAAGCGGUUUGCUAGCUAUUAUGGCAAGCUCAGACACUACGCUUCCCAGUAA